AUGAAGUACCUAUUACAAGCGAUCGAGGCCAAGCGCGCAUCGGUCAAGCUAGGCGAUGCCGAGCUGCGCAAAUUGCUCACAGAAGUCUGCAAAGGCCGAGACGAGCGGGAAGAGUUCCUCGAAUCCAUUGACCGUAUCAUCACCGAGCUCAAAAACUACACCGAGCACUCGACAGCCUUUCUGUCCAAAGUCAGCAAGCGCGAUGCUCCCGACUACUAUGACGUGAUCAAACACCCUAUGGAUCUGGGCACCAUGCAGAAGAAGGUCAAGUCCGGACAGUACAAGAACAAGAAGCAGUUCGCACACGAUCUCAACUUGAUCUGGGACAACUGUCUCCUGUACAACUCGGAUCCGUCGCACCCGCUCCGACGUAACGUGCAGUUUAUGCGCAGAAAGGCCGACCAUCUGUUGGAGUUUAUCAGCGACAAGAGUGAUGUCAAGGACGCGCUCGUGCAGUGGGGGACCAAUGUUCCCGUGACUGCGACGACAGGAAAGGACGGUGUUGAGACUCCCACGGCGACGGCGGUACUAGUCGGAAAGGAAGACGCGCUGCCCAAACGGAGCAGGAGGAGAUGGGAUCAAGCCAAGUUUGAAGAUCAGGAAGCGUUUGUCCGCACACCGCAGAGUAUGAUGGAUUUCAGCCGCAUCGACGCGGGCUUGCAUUUGCUCGAGACGAAUAGUGCAGCCGUAGCGGGGCCGAGUUCGAGGCCGAUGCUGAUGGCGCCCGUCGAAGCGAUGGAUCGGAUCAGGAAUGAUGCAGAGGAAGAAGAAGAUCCGCUCAGCACAGUGCUUGGGUCGAUGUUUGCACCGCUUCUGGGAGAGAAGAGAAAGGAGAAGGAGACGCCCGAACCGCAACUUUCUCUACAGUCUCAACCGCAGUCUCGAACACAGUCCCAGUCCGGAUCGACCCCCGCGCCAGCAAGCAACACUGCUGAACCGAGCACCAGCAUCUCAGCCAUCGACGCAUCCGCGGAAUGGUUCACUGUGACUGCUUCGCAGCAGCUCAUGUCCAGCGCUUUGCCAGCCUUGCCUUCGUCUGCGCUGCUUCCUUCGUCGUCGCCGACAUUGGAGAGCCGAGGCAAGAAGAGGAAGAAAGCGUUCCAUCUGGUGCCGGCAACGAGGCGGAAGGGUCUACAGGGCAAGAUCGCACGCAAUAUUCGCACGCUGCACAAGGUGCAGGCGACGCACAACAAGUUUCUGUCGUUGGCGCACUUUGUCGAGAACGAAGCGCCCAUCCCGGCAUACUUGACGUCCAUGUCUUCUGACGAGGAGUCGGACUAUCCCUCUGAUCCCGAGGACCACUCUCAACAGCCAAACGGUGUCGGAGCAGCUCCCACGUUGCGCAACCCCCUGGCGCACAUUUCGGCGGAAUCGGCACGCGAGCACGCCGAAUACAACGUGGGCAUGAUGCUCGCCCACCAAGGAUUCGAAGGUGGACAUCGUGGCGCGGUCGACGUGAUCACGGACGCACUCGGCGAGUUCAUUGGCAACAUGGGUCGCAUGCUCCGCAUCUACUCGGACCGCUACGCCUCAUCGCUUUCAUCGGAAGAGAUGAUUCUGCACACUCUGCAGGAGUGCGGCGGGUCGGACGUGCGAUCGCUCGAGAACUACAUCCGCAACGACGUCGAGCGGUACGGCAGCAAGAUGUCCGACCUCCUGCGUAAACUGCGCAGCAGCUACCGGGAACAGUUCAACCAGUCGACCGAGCGCGGGGUCAUCGAGGACGAAGCGCUCUUUGCCGAUAACGGCGAGGCGUUGGUGGCGGGUGGCUUCGCGGAAGAUCUGGGAGAUGACUACUUUGGAUUCCGCGAGCUGGGCUUGGAUCGCGAACUGGGCAUGAGCGGGCUGACGGUCCCGACGCGGCUGUUCUACGGCAGGGCGAGGAAUGCCGGUAAUGCUCUAGCGGCGCGAGGAGGCGCGGUGAAGGAGAAUGUGCUCCCCUACCCGCCGCCCCCUGAACCCGUACCACUGGUGGCCGCGGCGAUCGGCGCGCAGAUCGGACUGAUGCAAAGUUUCUACAGCGACAAGAUGCGCGAACAUCGACAGCGCCUCAAACACGCUCAGGAGCAGUCCGCGAAAGAGGAACAGGAGGCGGAAGAGCCCGUCGAGAAGCCCGACCCAGUGUUGUUGGCGAACACGCUGCCGGACCAGGAACAGGAGAAACAGCGGUACAAAGUGCCGCCGACGGGCAAGAUGCCGAGGCGGUCGAUGUGGAGCCUGGCGUUGGAGCGGCGGCAGGCGGUGGAACGGGAGGCGGCGGCGGAGGGUGCUGGUGGAGGAGUAGGAGGGAUAGGGGCGGAAAAGGGAUCAACGCAGCCGCAGCAGGCUGGGAAGGAGUCAGGGAAGUUCGGCAAGAAGGGCGCGGCUGCUGCUGCCGUUGUUGCUGCGUAG